CUUGAAAUAUUUGACAAAUUUGUUAAUGAACUAAAAGAGAAGGAGCGCAAGCGUCAAGAGGAUAAGUUAGAUAACACAUGAGAUAAGCGAAAGGAACUAUUGGAAGGGUUAAACCAUGAUUGGAAGAUGCUUAUCAGUUCAAUCAUCAAGCCCGAACGAGCUAAAGUUUCAAACUUUGAGUGGAAUUCACAUCUAGCUGAAAGUCGUCGAUUCAAGGCAUGGUUUCUAGAUCAGUUUGGCGUGCUUCAUGAUGGGAAACAACCUUAUCCUGGUGCCAUUUCGGCCUUGGAAAAGUUGGCAACUUAUGGUGCGAAGAUGGUAAUCUUUAGUAAUUCUUCAAGAAGAGCAUCGAUAACAAUGGAAAAAUUGAGAAGCCUUGGAUUUGAUCCAUCACUCUUUACUGGUGUCAUCACGAGUGGGGAAUUAACGCAUCAGUAUCUUCAAAGGAGAGACGACGCUUGGUUUUCCUCUCUAGGAAGAUCGUGUAUUCACAUGACGUGGAGUGACCGGGGUGCUAUAUCUCUCAAGGGGCUCGGACUACAAGUUGUGGAAAAUGUUGAGGAAGCUGAUUUUAUUUUGGCCCACGGAACUAAAGUGUUGGGGCUUUCAACUGGUGCUGCACUUCCGAUGAAUCUUGAUAUACUACAUCAGUGUGCUGCUAAGAAAAUCCCGAUGGUAGUAGCAAAUCCUUAUUUUGUAACUGUUGAAGCUCGGGCUCUGCGUGUUAUGCCUGGAACACUAGCAGCUACGUAUGAAAAACUUGGCGGUGAAGUAAAAUGGAUGGGCAAACCUGAUAAGAUAAUAUACAAGUCCUCUAUGGAAAUGGCUGCUGUCGAUGCCUCAGACUGUAUUGCCGUAGGAGACUCCCUCCACCACGAUAUCAAAGGUGCAAAUGCAGCUGAAAUUGCGUCACCAUUUAUCACAGGCGGAAUACACGCUACUGAACUUGGACUUACCAAAUUUGGGGAGGUCGCGGAUGAUGAUUCGGUACAUGCUCUUGCCUCAAAAAACAAUGCAUAUCCUACAUAUGUGCUCCCUUUAUUUACAUGGUGAAGAGAAGAAUGUACUAUAGCAUUGAUGUAACUAUUAAUGCUAUUCACUUUGUAGCUCUCCUUUUACGACUUUUCAGAGUGAUCUUUCUCGAUUUUGGUACAGAAAGGUUUGGUUGAAGGCACAAUUCUGUGUAAUUUGAAAUUAGAAAACCAUGGUAGAACGUCUUGCUUACUUAUUUCUUCAUCUAA